GUGUAUACCUUAGUAUAGUGUUGAAGUAUUUGACUGUGGACCCAAGCUAAAAAUUUGGCGCAAGUAACUUUGUGUAAAUUAUUGUUUUGUUUAAAAUAUCCAUAAUGGUAGGAAUAUCGGCUGGUGCCCAUGCAUACACGAACACGACUCCGCAAGAAGGACUGUUUUAAUGAAUGAUCCAAAUUAAGGUUAUGUCAAAACAGAAAACAUUCAAGGUCGAGAAAUGUCUGGCUUAUCGGCAAACGCUCCCUCAUCGGCUGACGCAUGCUUGAGCAUAGUCCACAGUUUGAUGUGCCACCGGCAAGGUGGCGAGAGUGAGGGCUUCGCUAAACGAGCGAUCGAGUCCCUCGUCAAGAAGCUGAAAGAGAAACGCGACGAAUUGGACUCGCUGAUUACUGCCAUAACGACAAGUGGCGCCCACCAAAGCAAAUGCGUUACCAUACAACGCACCUUGGACGGACGUCUGCAGGUGGCCGGUCGCAAGGGUUUCCCUCACGUGAUUUACGCGAGGAUAUGGCGCUGGCCCGACCUCCACAAGAACGAACUAAAACACGUAAAAUACUGUCAGUUCGCGUUCGACCUGAAGUGCGACUCAGUAUGCGUGAAUCCGUACCAUUACGAGAGGGUGGUGUCGCCGGGCAUCGAUUUGUCUGGACUGACUUUACAGGCCGGUACGCCGAGGAUGGUUAAGGAUGAGUAUACGGCUGGGCCGGUGCCGGGCAGCAGCAUGGAUGUGGACGGGGAGUUGGGGAUGGGGGUGUCACAGACCAUACAGCACCACCCGCCACAACAAAACUUUCCUCUUACAGCGUUACAUCCCUCACCGCCGAGUGAUCCGGGAAUAUAUAAUACAACAAAUAGAGCAGUCUUGGGACCACCUACUGUACCAAAAAUUGAGGGGGGACCAGAAGCAUGUUCAAGAUCAAAUUGGUUGCCACAUAUUCAUUUGCCUUGUCACAAUAAUCAAAAUAGCGUGCAAACCGGCAUGAGUAACCAGCAGACGAACACGGGAACACCCCUGCACGUGGCGCCACCCACACACAACAACCAAGCCCAGUUCUACAACGCCGCCCAGAAUCCGGGCGUUCAGGACAGACCUACACCCGACGCAAUGCCUCAGAAUAUUGGCAACAACUCUCCUGUGUCGCCUCACAUGCAGCAAAACGGCUUCAACAACUCGCCGAAUCCGAGUGUGGCCACGAACAAUGGUUCCGUGUCGGGCAGUCAGCCUACGGCCACGAUGGGACAGACGUUCACCGGAGCUGGCGGUACUUGGACAGGUUCGAACACCCUGACCUACACCCAGUCGAUGCAGCCACCCGAACAGAGGGUCCACCACAACAAUUAUUGGAGCAACCACUCGGCGGCCACGAACCAGAUGAGCACGGAGGUGAACAUUGCAGGCGGCCUGCUGUCGACGCAGCCCGCCCCCGAAUACUGGUGCUCCGUGGCUUACUUCGAGCUGGACACCCAAGUGGGUGAGACGUUCAAGGUGCCAUCGAACUGUCCGAACGUGACGAUCGACGGCUACGUGGAUCCGUCGGGCGGCAAUCGAUUUUGUCUCGGCGCCUUGAGCAACGUGCACCGGACCGACCAGAGCGAGAGGGCCCGGCUGCACAUCGGGAAAGGUGUGCAGCUAGACUUGCAGGGAGAGGGUGAUGUGUGGCUGCGAUGUCUGAGUGACCAUUCAGUAUUCGUUCAGAGCUACUAUCUGGACAGGGAAGCUGGACGGCAACCCGGAGAUGCAGUACACAAAAUUUAUCCGGCUGCUUACAUCAAGGUUUUCGAUUUACGACAAUGUCACCACCAAAUGACAUCACAGGCAGCAACUGCCCAAGCGGCCGCCGCGGCUCAGGCUGCUGCCGUCGCCGGGCACAUUCCUGGACCGCACUCAGUUGGAGGAAUUGCUCCCGCCAUCAGUCUAUCCGCAUCGACCGGCAUUGGUGUGGACGAUUUAAGGAGACUGUGCAUACUGCGAUUGAGCUUCGUGAAGGGCUGGGGACCAGACUAUCAUCGACAGUCGAUUAAGCAGACUCCCUGCUGGAUAGAGGUGCAUCUUCACCGGGCGUUGCAGCUUUUAGACGAGGUUUUGCACACCAUGCCAAUCGAUGGGGCCCGCGGCAUCGAGUAAUCGAUCAUUUUUGCUUUCUAUUCGAUUUGUGAAGUGCGACAGAGUUUUUUUACUUUAGCAUAUAAGUUUUUAUAUAAUACGCUUAUGUCUUAUGUAGUACUGAAUCUAAUUUUAUUCCCAUCUAGACUGAAUGGGAUGUUUUAUUUGUUUUUAUUUUGUGUUUAUAUAGCGUGUACUAUUCAUCACAUAUAUAUUAUAUAUAUUCUUUGAUAAUUUUAGUUGAACGGCUUCAUUUCUCUUGAAUUCCUGCAAAAUUCAAGGGAGGGUUCGAACAUGUUAUCCUGGAAAAUUGACUAAUUCAAGGAACGUUACGUACAUUGUCUACUUAUUGUGUGUCGUCAACGUUUAUAACGUUCUUUGGAUGUUUUUAGAGUGGGAAGAAUUCACAUUGGAAACGAUAUAAAUUUAAAGUUGAUAAAAAUUGUUCUGAUCUCAUUUAGACCUACAUUCUUUAAAUAGAUAAUACCAAAGAAAUUUUUGUUGAAAAAAAAAACGUCAAUGUGUGUCUUUCCCAAACUUACCCAUUGGUCUCGACACCAUUUAUUUUAUUUUGUUUUAAUACAGUAACCUGUUAACGUCAAAUUAAGGAUUUUAAAAGAAACAAUCGCACAUGACAUCUACCCUCAAUUUAUUAUCCCAGUAACAAAUUCUCCGGAGAAGUCCUCGCGUUUUGGGUUAAAUACGAAUAAAACACAAAAUGAUGCUACCUCAAGUACUUCUCUUUUUUACAGGAACAUUAAAAAAUGUACAUUUUGGUUUAAACGUCCACACGAGUGCCUACAACCGUUACAAAUGGAUUUUUUGUUCGGUAAACCAUUUGUGCAUUUAUCCGUUUUAACAUUUGACUAUGUGAUUUUAGGUUUAAGACACUGUUAACGCAAACCAAACACCAAAAUAUUGACAGCAAAUCCAGUGGCAAGCCACAAUACAAUUCGAACACUGCCUAAUACGCCGAGUGAUACAUAGAUUAUAUUUAUAUAAUAGAUUUUUUUCGAUUCAACCAAACAAAAUAGUUGCUUCUGAUUCAAUCGACUUGGGACACUGGAAAGGCUUUUCUGAAUUUUAAUGUUUAAAGUAUAACGUGCAGCCUAGCCCAAAAUUCGUCGAUUUCCACUCAAAAUUAAUACAUGGCACGAGAUUUUUUGUUACUGGGAUCAUAAAUUUGAAAUAUAAAUACAGUAAAAUAUAAUUAGGCUGUGACAACUUAAUAAUAAGCAUUGUAUUUUCUAUUAUUGUAUUGAUAUUAAUAAAUAUGGUUUUAGAGUUAAGUUAUCAUUUAUUCAUUUUUUGUAUUAUAAAAAACAUACCUUAUUUUGUUCAAUCAUAAGUAUAUGUAUGCAGUAGAUAUUGUAUGAACGUUUACGAGCGUACAUAUUAUUAUGUGAGAAACUUGAAAAAUUAGUGUAAGGUAUAUUUAUUGAGUGUUUCUGUAGUGUUUGGUAUUAUAGAAUACUUUUAAAAUAUAUAAGCUAAUAUCAGACCACUUAUUUUUUGUAUAUAAAAAGCAGUAAAUGACUAAAAAUACAUACAUUCAUAUUUUCGACUUUUUAAAAAAAUAUAUAUUUUAAUUGGAAUGUUGUUUGAAGUUUGAUAGUUUUAAUAACGUAUUUUUUGGACAGAGUAAUUUAAUUUCCAAAAAAAUAUUUUUUGUUAUAUUUGUUUAAUAUUUUAUUUAGGACUAUUUGUUGAUGCCAUUUUGUGUUUGAUUGUUGUCAGUUUUCAAAGUAUAGUUUAAGAAGAGUUUAUGGGUACAGAGACUUUCAUAAAUAAAAAUCAUAUAUUCAGAA